AUGAAAUCCGAUUUCAAGUUCUCAAACCUUUUAGGUACGGUCUACAGACAAGGCAACAUAACCUUUUCCGAUGACGGCAAGCAACUACUCUCACCGGUGGGGAAUAGGGUCAGUGUGUUUGACUUGAUCAACAAUAAAUCGUUCACGUUUGAAUACGAACAUCGCAAAAAUAUUGCCGCCAUUGAUCUGAACAAGCAAGGCACACUGCUGAUUUCGAUUGACGAGGACGGUCGCGCCAUCCUCGUGAACUUCAAAGCCCGCAACGUGCUUCACCAUUUCAACUUUAAAGAAAAAUGCUCUGCUGUGAAGUUCAGCCCCGAUGGGAGACUCUUUGCAUUAGCCUCGGGCAGGUUUUUACAAAUUUGGAAGACUCCAGAUGUUAACAAAGACAGACAAUUCGCUCCUUUUGUCCGCUAUAGGGUACAUGCGGGACACUUUCAAGACAUAACGUCUUUGACGUGGUCGCAAGAUUCCAGGUUCAUCCUCACCACUUCCAAAGACUUGAGUGCAAAAAUAUGGUCCGUAUAUUCAGAGGAGAAGAACCUUGCGGCGACAACAUUCAACGGCCACAGAGACUACGUUAUGGGUGCAUUCUUCAGCCAUGACCAGGAAAAAAUUUACACUGUAAGCAAAGACGGUGCUGUUUUUGUCUGGGAAUUUACCAAGAGGCCCACUGAUGACGACGAAGACGAAAGUGAAAACGAAGACGAACAAGAAGAAGUAGACAUCUCGAAAUACAGCUGGAGAAUCACAAAGAAGCAUUUUUUCUACGCAAACCAAUCCAAAGUAAAAUGUGUGACAUUCCAUCCAGCAACAAGGCUUUUAGCUGUCGGAUUUACUAGCGGAGAAUUCCGUCUCUACGAUUUACCCGAUUUCACUUUGAUUCAACAGCUUUCUAUGGGACAAAAUCCGGUCAACACUGUCAGUGUCAACAACACCGGUGAAUGGCUGGCGUUUGGUUCCAGCAAAUUGGGCCAAUUACUAGUUUACGAGUGGCAAUCAGAAUCAUACAUCUUGAAGCAGCAGGGCCAUUUCGAUUCCACAAACAGUCUCGCAUACUCUCCAGACGGUUCACGUGUAGUGACGGCAUCCGAUGAUGGGAAAAUCAAAGUUUGGGACAUUACAUCAGGGUUCUGUUUGGCCACUUUCGAAGAGCACACCUCUUCAGUGACCGCUGUACAGUUUGCGAAAAGGGGCCAGGUCAUGUUUUCAUCAUCGUUAGAUGGUACGGUGAGAGCAUGGGACUUAAUCAGGUAUCGUAAUUUUAGAACAUUCACUGGUACUGAAAGAAUCCAAUUCAAUUGUUUAGCGGUGGAUCCAUCAGGUGAAGUCGUUUGUGCCGGCUCCCUUGACAAUUUUGACAUUCACGUUUGGUCAGUGCAAACGGGUCAAUUGCUAGAUGCUUUGUCCGGACACGAAGGUCCCGUUUCGUGUCUGUCGUUCAGUCAAGAGAACAGUGUCUUAGCUUCCGCAUCAUGGGAUAAAACAAUUAGAAUUUGGUCCAUAUUUGGUAGAAGCCAACAAGUGGAACCAUUAGAAGUUUAUUCCGAUGUUCUAGCCUUGUCAAUGAGACCGGAUGGGAAAGAAGUCGCAGUUUCCACCUUAAAGGGUCAAAUCUCUAUCUUCAACAUAGAAGAUGCCAAGCAAGUGGGCAACAUUGAUUGUAGAAAAGACAUAAUAUCUGGUAGGUUUAAUGAAGAUAGAUUCACUGCCAAAAAUUCUGAACGAUCCAAAUUCUUUACUACAAUCCAUUACAGUUUUGAUGGUAUGGCUAUCGUGGCUGGUGGUAAUAAUAAUUCCAUUUGUCUGUAUGAUGUUCCAAAUGAAGUUUUGUUGAAAAGAUUCAUUGUAUCCAGAAACAUGGCUUUGAACGGUACUCUUGAGUUUUUGAACAGUAAGAAAAUGACUGAAGCAGGUUCAUUGGAUUUAAUCGACGAUGCAGGCGAAAAUUCAGAUUUGGAGGACCGUAUUGAUAAUUCUUUACCGGGUUCUCAAAAAGGUGGCGAUCUGUCGACAAGAAGGAUGAGGCCAGAGGUUAGAGUUACUUCAGUGCAGUUCUCACCAACAGCAAAUGCAUUUGCUGCUGCUUCGACAGAAGGUUUAUUGAUAUAUUCUACUAAUGACACGAUAUUAUUUGAUCCCUUUGACCUGGAUGUCGACGUCACCCCUCAUUCCACCGUAGAGGCACUGCGGGAAAAACAGUAUUUGAAUGCAUUAGUAAUGGCAUUCAGAUUAAAUGAAGAAUACCUAAUCAAUAAAGUUUAUGAAGCCAUACCUAUUAAGGAAAUCCCCUUGGUUGCAAGUAAUAUUCCUGCAAUAUAUUUACCAAGAAUCCUGAAAUUCAUAGGUGAUUUUGCUAUUGAAUCUCAACACAUUGAGUUUAAUCUAAUUUGGAUCAAAGCCCUAUUAUCUUCAAGCGGUGAUUACAUAAACGAACACAAAUAUCUCUUCUCGACGGCUAUGAGGUCAAUACAGAGAUUUAUUGUUAGAGUGGCUAAGGAUGUAGUCAACACCACAACUGAUAAUAAAUACGCCUAUAGGUUCUUGGUCUCAACUGACGGGUCCAUGGAAGAUGAUACGGCUGAUGAUGAUGAGGUUCUAUUAAAAGAUGACGCAGAGGAAGAUAACGAAGAGAAUGAUGUGGCCAUGGAAUCUGACGACGAAGAAGGAUGGAUUGGUUUCAAUGGGAAGGAUAACAAAUUACCCUUGUCUAAUGAAAAUGAUUCCAGUGAUGAAGAAGAAGACGAGAAAGAGCUUCCUUGA